ACCUCAUAGUUUUUUUGUGGUUUUGAAGAGAUUGAAGUAAGAUUGUUCACUCUUAACAAUGUCAAUUACAUUGUUAUAGUCGAUCAUUCUUCUGAUGUAUAGUGUGUUAUUUAAGUGCUUGUUUUCUUUUUUGUUUCUUCGUAUAUUCAUUUGAGUUAAUGAUAUUCUGGUUUUAGCUGAAGAAUGGGUUUCCUCUGUUGUUGCUCGUAUGUUCUGAUUCUGCUCAAUAUAUUUUUCUUAUGGGUGCCAGUUUUGUGUUAGGUUUGUGUGCCUGCUUGUUUAUGUAAAAAGCAUUUAUGUUUUUGUGUGUAGCUGUAGACUAUUUUCUUAUGAAUAUUUGUUUUCUUGUAAAUGGCUUUUGAUUUGCAGUGAUGAUAUGCAAUUCGGGGAUUUUUGAUUUUUCCACACAAAGUAGUUAUGUAUUCUGUUUCCUAGUAUCAGUGUUAAUGUUGCCAUAUGGUUUUUACAAGACACAUUCAUGGAAUGUUGUUGGAGUCUUGUCUAAGGAUGCUUUCUUGAAAGUCGAUCCUAGAAAUGAAAUAGUGGAUUGUUAUCAGCUUUAGUGGACUGAAAUCAUGGGUUUCCAAAUCUUAUUCGUGGAAAAAAUUAUUUGUUUCACAGUUUACAUGAAAUGGAGGAAAUUGGAAAGGGGAAGAAUCAGUGAUUCUCUAAGCUGAUUUAUUUCACAAUUUACAAGAGCAUAUUUAUGUGAUUUGUUUCUUGGAGUCUUGACUCUUACAUUGGAAGACAUAAUGCUUUUGAUUGGCUGUACUGUACUAACACACACAUACGUGAUGUUGCAAGUAGACCUCUCACAGUCACAUCUGGUUAAAGCAAAAACGUAAUGAAGAGAUAUCAAGUGAAUUUCAUAUUUUCAACUAUGGGCGUGGAUGACAAAACUCUCAAACUAUCCACUUGUGGUGUGACUCACCAAGAAUGGUCUAUAUCCCUGCAUGCCUAUUCUGAUCUUACCAAUGUUUCCCCAGUAGUGUUCUUGUACCUUCUGAAAGAAUGCUAUGUUUACGGCACAUGCAAGGCAACUGCAAAGUUUUUUGUCCUCCAGCAUCAGGUCCUUAAAGCCUUACAUAAUACACCGAGACCUGGACCAGCUGUGUUUGUUGCUCGUUGCCUCUCUUUAUUGCCUAUGUUGGAAUCAUAUUGUGAAGGUUUUAGCCAUCUGAUGAUAGCUGCUCUUCGUCGUUUUUUGAAAACUGGAACUACCCAGGAAGAUUUACUGGAAGCAAAGUUGCUUGCUACCCAAUUAUUUAUAAUUGCUGUUCGUGGUAAUAAACUUCAUGAUGACAGGAUACUUGUGAAGAUCCUUGAAGUUUUCAACAUUAAAUUUACAGAUAUCAAAGAGGUUAUGUUUCCCUCAGAAGAGAAGAAUGACAGCUUUACAAAAGCAUAUAUUGAGCAAUAUAUCUCUAAGCUGCUAGAAUCUCAAUCAUAUAUGGCCGUAGUUACUCUGCUAGAACAACUCUCUAUCUGUCAGUAUAGAGAGCCUUUUCUUCAUACGAUGUUAGAAAGCAAAGAAUAUAAAGCAGCAGAAAAGUGGGCAACAUUUAUGGGGAAACAAAUGUUGUGUGUACUCAUCCGGGAAUAUGUUGAUAGGAAGCUGGUAAAGCAGGCUUAUGAGCUGAUAAUGAAAAACAAUCUUCGUGAAGAAUUUCCGGAAGUAUAUCAGAUGGGUAAAGAAAGCUCACUUAAGAAGUUAGCAGAAAAGGGAUGCUGGGACAUAGCAGAGAUGAAGGCGAAAUCUGAUAGCAAACUUCUUGAAUAUUUGGUUUAUUUGGCAAUGGAAGCUGGUUACUCAGAGAAGGUCGAUGAACUUUGUGAUAGAUACUCCCUCAAAGGUUUCAUGAAGGCCAAAGAAGCUGAGGCAAGCCUUUCACGUAUUCGUUAUCUACAUCGGGAUGAAUUGGCAAUAGAUGACAUUAUUUGGGUUGAUGAGUCCGUAGGUCUGCAUGAAGCAACAUGUCAUAUUGAGGGAUGCAAAGUCAUUGGCCUUGAUUGUGAAUGGAAGCCUAAUUAUGAAAGGGGCAGUAAGAACAAGGUUUCCAUCAUGCAAAUUGCUUCCGAGAAGAUUGUCUUCAUCAUUGACUUGAUAAAGUUGUCCCAUGAUGCUCCUGCUGCUUUGGACAGCUGCCUAAUCCGCAUUUUCCACUCGCCUCGAAUACUGAAACUUGGUUAUAAUUUCCAAUGUGAUAUGAAACAACUCGCUCAAUCUUAUGAAGAUUUUGAUUGUUUUAAGCACUUUGAAAUGCUGUUGGAUAUUCAGAACAUAUUCAAAGAACCUCGUGGUGGCCUUUCAGGUCUGACAAAGGAAGUAUUGGGCGUUGGUUUAGAUAAGACAAGAAGAAACAGUAAUUGGGAGGAACGACCUUUAACCCGGAAUCAGCUAGAAUACGCUGCUCUUGAUGCUGCGGUGCUCAUCCACAUAUUCCGCCAUGUUAGCAACCAGUCACAGUCUACUACUAAUGAUCAUACCCAAAUGGAGUGGAAAUCCCACAUUAUUUCUCAUGGAGGUAACCUUGGAAACACCAAAAAUAAAGUGAAUAGCAAGUAAGUCAGAGUUAGGGGUACAAACACGUCACUCGCAUUGCAUUAUAAUCCUACUGUUUUGCAAACUGCAUAUGACCCAAAACACUCUAGAAAUGAUCUGAAAUUUGAACGAUGUACAUAAUGUGAUGAAACGUAGUUUGAAUCUGUCUGCAAA